GUUCUGAUUAGAACGUGCACGGGUGCGGUUCGCUGACGUUCUGAAGGCGGUUUACAAGCGGUUUACAGGCGGACGCGUUUUUCGCGCGUUUCCUUGCCAGCCGAAAAAGCGAGUGUGUGUGUGUGUGCGUUAGUGUCAGUGUUAGUGUGAAUUUUUUAAACAUCAAGUGCCAUUGGGAAAUGUCUCCUCACCUAUAUGCACAAAUAUAUAAAUAAAUAAAUUUAUUGAUACAAAUGAUUAGGAAAUAUACAGCGGCAGCGAAACCAACACCCAGCAAUUAGUUAUUUCCCUCCAUUUCCGCAAGGAAGGAAGGAAGUCGGCAACAAGUGUUGGAUCACCGGAAGCGGAAAUCAGUGGGACCUUGGGCCAGGGUGAGGCAAUCAGGACGCGCAGCUGGCGGCUGUAAGGAGUGCCACCCGAUUCCCGCCAACCGCCACCGGUUUUCGCCAUGGUAAAUCACAAUGCGGAAUCUGCGAAAACGGAAAACGGCACGAAUGCAACGAAUCUGAUUGUGACAGCCGGCGGAAAUGCAACCCAGACCAAGACGAUGACGUCCUCGGCUGCCAGGAUGACGGAGGCCCUUUCGGCAUCUUUGGCCGAUUUGAGCGAGCAGGAAAAUGGAACCACGGCUGAGGACAUCCACCUAAACGAUUUAUAUACCCGCUACCGCCAGAGGCUCCGCAAGUCUCUCUUCAGAUCGGGCCUCUUAACUUCGCUGCUGGCAUGUGUUGUGUCCAUAAUAAUUGGCGUCGUUUACGACCAGAGCCUGCUGCAAACUUUGCUGCUGGUGCUGGCGGCUCUAAUCUCGGGAUCCAUUCUGACGGCUCUGCAGUUUCCGGCGGUGCUGAGCUCCCCGGCCGCCGCCUUGGCCUUCGCCAUCGUCACCACCUUCUCGCUGGGCACAAUUGCGGCCAUCACCGGGGACGAGCUGGCCCCGCUGCCCAUGUACGCCCUAUUCCUGUGCAUCCACUCCAUGCUGCCCAUUUCAUGGCCCGUCUCCGUGGUGCUGGCUUUAUUCAUGACCGCCAUCCAUAUCGUUUACCGGAUCGGCACAAGUCCCGACUACGCGCCCAAUUUGCCAAUGCUCUUCGGGGAGAUUGUGAUGCUGGCCAGCGCCUCCGUUUCCGGGCUCUACUACCGCAUCAUGUCGGAUGCGGCGCACAACAGGACCGUGGAUGGAACCCGGACGGGAAUCGAGCAGCGCGUGAAGCUCGAGUGCGAGCGGGAGCAGCAGGAGCAGCUGCUCCUCAGCGUCAUUCCCGCCUACAUUGCCGCCGAGGUGAAGCGGAGCAUCAUGCUGAAGAUGGCCGAUGCCUGUCAAAGAGCUGGAGGACAGGCGUCCACCUCGGCCACUCGGUUCCACGAACUCCAUGUCCAGCGGCACACCAAUGUCACCAUUCUCUUCGCCGAUAUCGUCAACUUCACGCCCCUCUCAAGUUCCCUGACGGCCAGCGAUUUGGUCAAGACCCUGAACGAUCUGUUUGGACGAUUCGAUCAAAUAGCGCAGGAGAACCAGUGCCUGCGCAUCAAGAUCCUCGGGGACUGUUAUUACUGCGUGUCCGGCCUGCCCAUUUCCCGGCCCCAACAUGCAACCAAUUGUGUCAACAUGGGCCUGCAGAUGAUCGAUGCCAUCAGACACGUGCGUGAGGCGACCGGCAUAAAUGUUGACAUGCGAAUCGGCAUCCACACGGGCAACGUUCUCUGCGGCGUCCUUGGCCUCCGAAAGUGGCAAUUUGAUGUUUGGAGCGACGACGUUACAUUGGCCAACCACAUGGAGAGCGGCGGUGUCGCCGGGCGCGUCCACAUCACGAAACAAACUCUGGACUUCCUGGGCGACAAGUUCGAGGUGGAGCAAGGAGAGGGUGGCAAUCGGGAUGCGUAUCUGGCGGAUCACAAGGUGGAAUCGUAUCUCAUAGUGCCGCCCAAGCCGGCCUACACCUACAGCGUUCCGCGAGUGGUGGAGUGCAUCGAGCAGAAUGAUCCCAGUCCCACGGAGGAGAAGGAGACCAAGGUGGUGGAUCACUCCAACGAGGGCGCAGAUGUCACCGACAGCCUAAUCCCGGUUACGGUGGAUCCCAUACCCUUGGUCGUUGACGAAAAGAUGUCGCCCACGUCGACGAAUAGCCAGGAGGUUCCUUUGCACGCUCCCCUGGCCUCUGCCGCCUCGAUGUCCAUCAAGGAGUUGUCCGAGGAGGAGGACGAAGCGGACGAGGCCACCGCGGUCACCGAGCCCCUGAUGCUCAAGGAUCAGGAGAGCAAGGAUGGCCAGGAGGUGAAGCCCAAUGGUGGCCAUCGCGGCAGUGGCGAUUCUGCCGCCUCCGAAUCCGCGGCCAAGUCCACCGCCCUUUCCCUGCCCGCCGAGGAUCUGCUCAGCAUGAGCGGAUCGGAGAGCGGCAUCUCCAACGGCGGCACCCCGGCUCCAUCCUCGAAUCCCACGAGUGUCACGCCCACCGCAGCCGCCCCCGCCGGAGCAGCUUCCUCCGGCACCAACAGCCUCACUGUGGCCGAGGCUCCGGAGCGAUCCCGCCGGAAGUUGUCCGUUCAAGGUCUGAUGUCCUUCGCCGACAGACGCCGCUCCUCCGGAGCCUUCAUCGAAGGACGAAAGCUGUCCAUCCACAGCGGAGAAAGUUUCCGCAGUCAUGCGGGUCAUGUCACACGCAAUCGUCCCUCAUCGAAGAUGACCAAAUAUGUGGAGUGCUGGGGGGCAGAUAGACCCUUUGCCAAUAUUGCCGAAUCCAAACUGGUGAAGAACAUUGGACUGGCGAGCAUCGCCAUGAUUGAAUCAAAUUUACUGCCGCCGGAGCGUAAAUGUUUCAAUUUUAAUUUCUUUGGACCGCCCACGGAGCUGAAGCCCUUCACCAUGUGGUACCGCAACACGCCCCGGGAGGGAAUGUACCGCGCCCAGCCGGAUACGCACUUCCGGUUCGACCUGAUAUGCGCCUUUGUCCUCUUCCUCUCGCUGGCCAUCGUCCAGCUGAUUGUAAUCAAAUUGAACCUGGCCCUCCUGGGAUCCCUUCUGGCGAGCUUUCUGUCGCUGGCCCUGUUCCUCUACCUGAGCAACAUGUCCGUGCCGGAUGUCCACUCCUCGGCCACGGAGCGGAACGGUCCUGGCCAGGUGGUGGCCAGCAGUCGCUACCUGCGACUGGCCAUGUUCGUCGUCGUCAACAUCCUCAUCUCGUCCUGCGCGGUGUUCAGCGUGAUCAACUUCACAGUACCUGAUGGGGUAAACAACGAGCCACCAUCUAACGCAUCCAACUUGUCCACCAAUUUUAGUGACUUUUUAAACGCCACCCAGGAGGAGAUGCAGCCGUGGGAAAUCGCCCGUGCCAUACCCAUUGCCCCCGUGUUUCUAUAUUGCUGUGCCAUUAGUUUGGCGGCCAUUUCCGCCUUUCUAAGAUCUGGAUUUAUCCUCAAGCUGAUUGCCAUGCUGGUGGCUCUGAUCGCACAAGUCACAGUUCUCGGUUACAGCGAUCUCUUUGUUAUUUACAACGACACAAAUAUUAAAUAUGGCUUACCCCUGGAGAUCAAGGGAUUCCUGCUGCUCUUGGUCAUCAUUCUGGUGCUCCACACCUUGGAUCGCCAGGGUGAAUAUGUGGCCCGUACAGAUUUCCUGUGGAAGGCCAAGUUAAAGGUCGAACAGGAGGAGGUCGAGACCAUGCGUGGCAUCAACAAGAUUCUGCUGGAGAACAUCCUGCCAGCCCACGUGGCCACCCAUUUCCUGCACCUGGAACGCUCCACGGAGCUCUACCACGAGAGCUACUCCUGCGUGGCCGUGAUGUUCGCCUCCAUUCCCAACUACAAGGAGUUCUACGACGAGACAGAUGUCAACAAGCAGGGCCUGGAGUGCCUGCGUCUGUUGAAUGAAAUCAUUUGUGAUUUCGAUAAGCUCCUGUUAAAGCCAAAGUUCAGUGGAAUCGAAAAGAUUAAAACUAUAGCCAGCACUUAUAUGUGUGCUUCAGGUUUGAGGCCCGGCAAAGAAGACGGCGCUACGUCACGUAGCUUUGCGGACGAGAAGCGAACGGAGGAGCACAACGUGGUUAUACUGGUCGAGUUUGCGAUUGCUUUGAUGUCCAUAUUGGAUUCGAUUAAUCGCGAGUCCUUCCAACGAUUCCGUCUCCGCAUAGGGCUCAAUCACGGCCCUGUGAUUGCCGGCGUGAUUGGCGCCCAGAAACCGCAAUACGAUAUCUGGAGUAACACAGUUAAUGUGGCCUCACGCAUGGACUCAUGUGGCGUAAUGGGACGACUUCAGACGACGGAAAACACGGCCAAGAUAUUGAUGGCAGCCGGCUAUGAGUGCGAGUGCCGCGGCCUGACCUAUGUCAAGGGCAAGGGCAAUCUAGUCACCUACUUUGUAAAGACACCUUUCGAUGGGAAAUUGUAAAUCACCCAGUUGCUGUUGAUACCUACUAUUUAAUGGAUAUUUAUGAUCAUGUACACGUAGCGUAGGCCAAAAGUCACUUCAAAGCAUCUUCUUAUUUAUUUUGAGCUUUUCAUUUUAGUUGUAAUGAAUUUGCAAGCAUUUAAAGUACGUUGCUCAUCACACGCACAUGUUAAGUAUUUGUUAGCAACAAUUUGUUUUUAGUUAGUUAGUAGAAUUUAAAGGUUAUUGACUAUUUCGUACAAUUUGUUAGCUAAUCUUAUGCGUAGCCAUCACUUAAACAGCGAAUAAUUAUAUACGAUUCGAAUUAAAAUUACGAUAGACAAAGAAAUGCAAAUUAGCCCACCCUAGCCCAAAAAUUAACCAACAAACAAAUAUAGCAAAAAAACAUAUCUAUUUACUAACUGGUUAAAUUCAUUUCUGAGGCUCUCAAGAUAUGUUUCUGUCGCUAUUCUCGCCCUAUCGAGCACUAUAUAAAUCGCUACUUUUAAACUAUACUAUUUUUUCAAACGACACUAGUUAAAUUCUGUAAAAAGAAUCAAUUAAAACUCUAUAUAUUUUUUUACUCAAGCGUAUUUUACUGUUACUAAACUAUUCACGACAUCAUGUUUUGAUAUAUUUAUGUAUAUAACUAUAUAAGAUGAAAGCCACCAAAGCGAACUACUUCUUAAGACAAAUCUAAGCUCAACAACCGCAUCUUGUGUACCUAACAUAUCCCAACAAAUUACACAAUACCUCCGAGAAAAACUGACCUGCUUCGAUGUGCACUUUGCAUACCCAAUGGAUAUAAAACGUACUCCCAAGA